AUGGCGGUUCGUGCCAGCCCGCAUACACUGCACGAACAGGACCCUGCUAACGCAACACAGGGUUUGGAUGCUGCUUCCCCCGAGGCCAGGCAGCUGAACGCAGGAAGCGGCUGGUGUGAGGGAGACGGAGGCACGGCUGAGGAAGCAGCCGAUGGCGGCCUGUGUUAUAAAGGUGGCGGGUUUGUUUUAAAGAAGGUCAGCUUGGGGCAAAUGGAGAAUUGGUGUAAACGCCUUGUGGAGGCGGGGACGUUGCCGGGGCAGGCACACGGGAUCGGUGCUGUUGAGGGGAAGGGUGGAAUCUGCGAGAGGCCGAGGACCGAGCCGGGGGGAUUCCAGAGGCAGGAAGACCGGCAAGUGUGGGUGAAGGCGUGGUCCAGCCGGGCAGAGAAGUGGUGCCAAGCUGGACUGGAUCACAAGGUCACGGCAACGUGUCAGUCACAGGCAGGUCGGAGAGGAUUGACUCCGGUUCGGAAACCAAGCCGGACGGGUCCGGGUAUGAAGGUCCAGGAGGAACGAGGAGGAGUUUGCAAGAAUUACAGGCUCUUGUACUGGGCCGAUGUGGGAGAGCCAGCAAAAAUUGAAGAGGCAGGGAUGGAUGGAGUUGGCAGAAGGAUACUGGUCAGCAUUGGGAUUGAAAAGCCUACAGGGCUUGCACUGGACUUUAUCAAGAAUCGACUGUACUGGGUGGAUGCUGGACUGCAUGAGCUGUUUUACUCUGAUCUGAAUGGGCACUAUCGAAGGAGUGUUUUUGAUUCCAAGAAAUACCUGACAAAUCCAUUUGCGCUGGCAGUGUUUGAGAACCGUGUCUACUGGUCUGACGAGGAAAGCAAGACUCUGUACAGUGCUGACAAGUUUACAGGAGCUAAUGUGACAGUUCUGGCACAAAACCUCACAGAGCCGCGCGGCUUGGUCCUGUUUCACAAACUGAUGCAGCCAGUCGUGAAGAACUGGUGCGUUGAAGCUCGUGCUGCCUGCGAGUUCCUGUGUGUGCCGGCAGUUGACGCUGCUCAGCACUAUGCAUGCCUGUGCCCAGACAAUAUGAAGCCUGAUGAGACUGGACAUAGUUGUAGAAUGGAGAUGAAUUGGAGCAUGUCCCAGGAGGAGGGAGAAGAUUCUGGCACGUCCCAGGAGGAGGGAGACGAUUCCAGCACAUCCAAGGAGGAGGGAGAAGAUUCUGGCACAUCCCAGGAGGAGAAAUCAAAUAGAGCUGAUCUGAGCUAUCUCGAUGCAGUAUCUAUUGGGAUUAUUGCAGUGAUAGUGUUCCUGACUGGAACUGUUAUGUGCUGUGCUACUGUCCAUUGGAGAAUGAUCUUCAGUCGCGUCAAGAAAUCCCGCUGCUAUUCUCCAGUCCACCUUGCUGCAGAGAAUUCUGCAAUGGACAACAAAUGGACAACGAAUGAACACCAUUUCCCAGCACCCUUUGUUGUAAAGAUGAAGAGGGAUACAUCUGAUUGUUGUAAGUGAGGACUCCCAUUUCCAUCAGCAAUCCUGUGGUCAGCAGUGUUGCUCACUGAACUGGAUAUGCUGGUGAUCAUUGAACAGUUAAUGUUAUUGUUCAGGCCAUUGAUAAGGUAUUUAUUUAUAAAGUUCUGGUAUUAUUUAUUGCAGGAUGUAAUUUGGUGCUGAGCCAGGGAAUGUGUCAAAAAAGCUUUCCAGCAAUGCUCCAUUAGAAACCUUGCCAUCAUUUAUCCUAUUGUAAUUAAUGCACAAUGAGCUUUCUAACUGCACUGAACAAUGUUAACAUAACUAUAAGGAGCUUCUUGGACACAUUCCCUCAUUGUUUAAUCUGAGAUUUCUGUGCAAGUGUCAUGUGAAAAUGAACUUGAUUGCUGUUGAAUAUAAGUCUGAGAAUUUUGUUAGUAAAGAACAAAGUUUGCAUUUUUUUCUGUUCUUCUGUUCCCUCCCUUUGUUCUGUAUGUGCCCCCUUUAUAUUUGUGGUCAUUCCUGUCCUUGAUUGUGAGGUAAUCCCCCUCACUGGGUCUGGUUUGGACAGAUUCUUGGUGAGGAUCCACAACAACAGGUUGUGUGGAUGUUCCGUUGCACAGAAUUUCCUGGAAGGUUCAAGCUUAAAAAUUGAAAUAUAAACCAGGUCUAAGAUUUAAAAUCCACACCACAGCAUCCUCACGUUCAAAGUUUGAAAUAUCUGGAACUUGAGGGAGAAACAAGGCAGUGGCUGUCCAGUGCAGUUGGAAGAUUACCGCCUCACGUUGAAUCUUCACACCGCACAUUUGGAAGGCUGUCUGAAGUAAUGUACAGGAUGCAGUAAUGCACACACUGACCUAACUGCAGCAAGGCAGUGAACAGGUUAACAUUUCCAGAUUAAAUCCUCAACUGAAAAAUAAACAAGCAGAACACAAUGUGAGACCUGACAAAUGCUGUGCUUUAAAGUGGCGGGUGUGUUCACCUUGAAGAUAAAACUUCCAAUUGGAAUGACCUUCAGUCAUCAAACAAUCUCCAUGAGUGAGGUUCAUUCUGCCUUUGUCCUCUGACUGGAGCUCACACAGAACCUCACACCUCUUCCUUUUAAUUUGCUCAUUUAAUGUUGAUAAGUUUAUUCUGUAAAAUUAAUACUGCCUUUAGGUUAAUACUUUUACAAAAGCCUCGUCAGUGAUUGAUACAUUUUCUGUUAAAUAUUUUGUUAAAUUUUUACCGGUGUGGUCACCCCAUCCACAUCCUUGUGCUGUUUGCACAUUACUGGAGGGAAAUUGAAACUAAGUAUGGCCUUGGUUGUUAAAUACAUUAUGCAAAUGAAAUUCAUUUCUUACACGUGAUUUACUAACAUUGUGUUCACUAUAAAAUGCAGCACCAAGAAAUACUGUGAUUGCAAAACAUAUGAUAGUGAGUGUUAUGUUAAAAGUGGUUGCAGGACUGAUUCUCAGUCCCCCGUGCCAAACUGUGGCAUUUGCAUUAAACCAAUACCAGUACAGAACAGCCCAUCACGUCUCUUGACUGGAAUAGAGGCUGCUGUGUAAUCACCCACUGUGGCCAAAUUCACCCCACAGCAUAAAUAGCAGACCUUAGCAAAGGAGCUGUAAUAUCAAAAAUCAUUUCUGCUGCAAAUGGUUAUUUAGUGAACAUGUGCUUUAUUUACAAUCCAGAUGUGUUGUGGCAGGGCCAAGUUGUGUGUGAAUCUCAUAUAAGUGACAGCUUGCUCUCUGCCUCAGACUGCAUGAGGUUAUUCUCAGUCAGUCAUCCUGGGCAAGUUCUGAAGGUGAGCAUUGACUCAUUUGCUAGGAAUAUUUGUUCUUUUUUUUUAUUCUCAAGUUAUAUUAAUUUUGUGUAAAUGCUGCUAAGUUCUUAGUAGUUAAAGCUUUGUGUUUAAGCCAUUGCUCAAUACUCUGUUGGUCCAUAGUGCCUCUGGGACCAUUGCUGGGACACAGGUUCUAGCAACGUCAAAGUACCACCCUUAGCAGAGUGGAAACUGUGUUGAUUGGUCAGGGUUCCAUUUUGCAUUCUGCCACAAGCUGACUGUGGAACUGCAUUGAGAAAGCAUCCUUGGGCAAUCCCCUUAUCUGGAUAUGGGCAGCAAGGAUAAAGAAAGAGAACCCAUGAAACAAAAUUACUGUUCAUAAAAUGUUAGUUGCCAUCCAUUUAUAACAAUAUAUUCAUUUGUGAAUCUCCACUAUUACCUGGUUUGCUCCUCAGAACUCGCACAUCCCUCCUUCCCUGUUCACUGCACUGCAUGGGUUAGAUUUUAAACUGCCCCCACCCUUUCUCAAAAAGCAACCGAUUUCUGAUGGAAAUAGGUAAUCGACUUGGGAUGUUGCAGCCAAAAUCCACCUCGACAUUCCCCAUGACCUCCUCCCGCAGCAGCUCCUCUUUGUCUCUGAGCAGUUAGAACUGCCAUGGUUCCUAAUCAACUGAUGAUAAUUCAUUUUGCAAGAAAUUAACCAUAGUUUACAAAGGAAUUAAAUGUUAAAACUUAAUUGUUCAGAAUCAAAACAAUGAACCUGAUGGUAAUUGUUAGUUGUGAUUCAAAUUUCAACAAUUUAAAUUAAAUUUGUCCAUUAAAUUUUAAUUAUCCAUUUCCAUUACUUUGAGGAGAGCUUGCUGUGUCCCAUUACACUGUUAACUGACUUAAACAUGUUCCAACCAUUGACUGACUAACUUCUGUUAAAAUCAAAAUGUGCCACUGGGUUAAAUAAAAUCUCAUGGAUCAUUCUUUUGGUGUGUCUGUGCAUGAUGUGUUUGCUCAACAGUGACUUUCACCUCUGAUGCAGUUCUUGCUAUUUUUGCUUUCCAUAAAUCACCCACCCUACACCAACCUUGCUAUGAGUUGGGACCUUUGCUAGAUGCAUAGCUUCUUGCCCAGCUUUAUGUAACCUCUAACAGUUCUGGGGUGGGCCUUGGCAUGACAUCAGGAGGAAGGAAAUGCUGCAAUCUCUUAAUGAUGAAGUGGCUCCAGGGCAGUUGGAAAAUAAGCAGGGUCAAUUUCUUGAGGUUGUAACCAGCAAGUUGAGGGGAAUCUGUUAUUUAGUGUACUUGGACUUUCGGAAGCCUCUUGAUGAAGUGUCACAAGAUUAUGGAACAGAUUAGAGCACACAAUAUCGGGCUAAUAUCCCAGUGUGCACUGAGGAUCGCCUAACAGACAAGAAUGAUUGGGUCGUUUUCAGCUGGAGAAGUUAUGACUCGUGGGAUGCACCCAGGAGUGGGGGCCAGGCCCCAGGAGUUCACAAUCUGUCAGUGAUUUGGAUGAGUGGAUCAAGUGUAAUGCAUCUGUCUCCUGAUGACGCAAAGGUAGCAUGGGCUGUGAGAAGGAUGCAGAGGUCUCUGAUGUGCUGGUGGGUUGAGGACAUGGCAGUUAUAACAUGGGGGGGUCAUCCACUUUGAUUUAAAAAACAAAUGAGCAUUUUUUAAAAUGGCAAAUGACAAAGAUGCUGCGAGGGACCUGGGGUUUUAUUGUCCUUACAUUAGGGUAGUGAUGGCUUUAUGAUGUAUAGAUGCAAAAUGUGUGGUAUUCUAAAUUGCAAAUAAAACAGUUCUAUAUUUUA